UCCUGAGACCUAGACGCCACAUUCUUCCUCUCCCUUUCCUUAAAAAAAAAAAGAGAGAGAGAAGAGAAGACAAGAGAAGAGAGAGAAGAAGAAGAACAAGAAGAAUCACGACUUUUGGCGCCAUUUUUUUUUUCUCUCGGGAAGUCUCCGACGUCAAAAAUCUUGGGUUUUGCUUCUUCGAGAACGACUUCGAGGACGACUCAUCUCGCCAUGGCCACGGGAGUCGUUGCCAUGGCAGCGAGACGCCUGAAGGUCGUUCUUGUCGUGUUUGCGUUGGUCGUCUUCGCUGCCGGUGGGGUCGAGGCCGGCGUGGCAGCCAGGAGCGGGAUGUGUGCACUCUACGGCGGUCGCUGCCUCCCCUCUGACGCCUGGGUGUGCCACGCCCUCGGGAGACCUGGGGCGUGCGGUGGCGGAAGCGACGUGUGCUGUGAUGAAUGCCCCUUCAAAACACGCUCUCAAUGCUUGCAAAACAACGGCAUCUGCAAAUCCAGCUGCGCCCCCGACGAGCAAGCGUUGCAGGGCGGUUGCAGAGGAGAAAGCUGCAUCUGCUGCGCCUCCUGCAGGAUCACGCCGGGAUGCCAGGCGAGGGGCGGCUCCUGCGUGAAGGGCGUGGCAGAUUGUCCUUCGGGAUUCGUCGACGCCGCCGGCUGUGAGGGAGAGCAGUGCAUGUGCUGUCUGCCACCACCUGGAACGACCACGGAGGCGCCACCAGUCUGCAGUGGUGUAAAAGAAAUCAACUCAACCUACGGGGUCAUCAGCAUGGGGUCAGAGGUCAGCCUAUACGAGAGCAACCUGGACUGCGAGUGGCGAAUCGAGGUCAGCCCGGGUCAUGAGCUGACCUUGGUGUGGCUGAGGCUCAGCAUCGAGUACCAGACUGAGUGUAGUUUCGAUUUUGUGGAGUUGGAGGUCCAGGGAGGAAGCGGAGAGAGCUCGAAAUACUGCGGCUAUGAUAUCCCUUCGCCUCCAACGACCACGCAUACGAACCCAGUAAUCGUUCGGUUCCACUCCGAUUCUUCGGUUACUAGCACUGGCUUCGUCUUGCUUCAUUACGUCACACCGACUGGACGGGAGAUGUCGACGCCGCCCUACGUCACGCCCCCUCCUCCACCCACCCCCCCCCCCCUCCCGCUCUUCUGCAACGGAUCGUACGAGAUGAGCGGUUCCUCGGGCGACCUCAGGACCUCCAUCCUGGGCUUCUACGAGAACGACAUGGACUGCGCGUGGAGGGUGUCGACGCCGGGGAAUUCCCUGGUCCACCUCCACUUCGAGAGCUUCGACCUGGAGAACUCGACCGGGAUUUGCGUCUACGACUACCUGGAGGUGGAGGACUUGUCGGUGCCUGGUCUCAGUCUCUCGGGAGGUCGUCUGUGCGGCAGCGAAGUCCCGGGCGACAUCACGUCCGUCAGCAACCGGGUCGUGGUCAGGUUCCACUCCGAUUCCUCCGUCGUUGGCCGCGGCUUCGUCAUCCACUUCGAUGCCGUGUUCGAACCGCCUCCACCGCCGCCACUCGUCUGCAACGGAACAUAUGAGAUGAACGGCGUCGCUGGCUACAUCAGACCGACCUACAACGGUACUUACGAGAACGACAUGGACUGCGAGUGAGGUGAGGACGCCCUGGAACUCCCUGUCCGCUUCACUUCGAGAGCUUC